AAAUAUAACAACAUCACGUGACAAUGGUUUUCUAUAUGAUUCAAUAGACCCGUAUGAUUUUUCACGCAAGGUAAAGUGGUAGAGUAAGUAAAAAUAAUGGGAUGAAACGAAAAUUGAAAAGAAAUAAUGUGUAAAAAGAGCAUGAUAGAUAAGAGAGAAGAAUAGGUUGGGUGAAGAUAUUUAAAGAAAUCAAUCUCAAAGCGAAAAGCUCGCGAGUCGUUAAAAACGAAAAGAACCCAUAUAAAUAAAACGUUCUAUAAAGUUUUCUAACAUAUCGUUCAUCCGAUGCGCACUUGUCAAAAAUGUUCACUUCAAGCUUUGAAUUGUUGACUUGGCCUCUAAUUUUCGUUGUCAUUUAAAUUCAUUCAUUUCUUUCAGGUGUCAUGACCCAGGGUCGUUGCGACGGAAGAGAAUGGGUAACUUCCUUUAAGAUUUCCUAUAGUCACGAUGCUUUCCACUGGAAGUAUGUGAAUGAUGCAUACGACAAUCAUCGGCUUUUCGAGGGCAAUAUCGACUCAUGUUCAGUCAGGCACUCGUACAUUGAUAAACCAGUCAUUGGGCGAUUCUUAAGAUUCCAUACUAUCAGUUGGAAGGGACAUCCGAGUAUGAGAGUAGAAAUAUUAGGAUGCCAACCUUGUAAACAGCCUUUAGCGUUGCCGCCUUACGCCAAAACGACGGCUUCUUCGGAAUCCUCACCUAAUAAAAGAAAUUCACCUUCCAUUAGUGGAACUGCUCAGGAUUCAUAUUUAUUGACGAAGGGAGCUUGGUGCGCCCAAAAGAGUGACAAACAACCCUGGUUGCAAAUUGAUGUUGGACCGCCUACAAUACUCACCGCUGUCUCAACUAAAGGAUUAGGAGAGUUUCGCAAGAAACGCUGGGUCACACAUUUUAAUAUUUCUUACGCAAACAGUACGACUGGUCCGUGGUAUAACUAUUCUGAGAGUGGGAAUGAUUAUUCCUUUACGGCUAAUACAGACAAAUAUACAGAGAGACGUCACUAUUUUGCGUCUCCUUUCAAGGCAAGAUUCAUUCGAUUCUAUCCUACGAAAUGGAAGGGAAAACAACCUUGUAUGAGAGCAGGAGUUUUCGGUUGUCCACAAAAUGGAAUUUGUCAAAAAGGUUAUCUUCGAGUAGCAGAAGAUUCUCCAUGCGUCGAAAAUAUAGCUUACGGAAGAAAAUCGUAUGUCAAUAAUAAACGCCAUUUUAAACGUCAUGUCGGUGAAUGGAGUGGUUCAAAUCAAGCUCAAAGAGCCGUUGACGGUGAUGAGAAUCAGUCUAUACACCAUUGUACAAUAUUAGAUAAUUUCUACGUUUCUAGACCUUUUUGGAUGGUGGAUUUAGGACACAGUACACCUAUUUCAGGUGUUGUAAUUGUAACUUGGCAGGGAAAGAAUUUGAAAACAAAUUCACCAGUUAAAUCAUCUUAUUACGAUUAUAUGAGAAAUUUAAGAAAGUUAACAGUAUACGUUAGUUCAGAAAAGAGAAGAUCGAAAAAGGUAGAAAAAAUUGCAAAGGAAUCGAAUAAAUGUGGUUAUGUUACAAGCGUUAAUGAAGCCCUUUUCCAACGACGAAUACAUAUUGAAUGUAUGAAACCAAUGAAUGGUAGAUAUUUGUACAUCGAAGCUGAAGGAGCUGAGGAUAGAUGGUCUAAAGUUUUUUCAGCGGUUUUGUGCGAGGUUAUGGCUUACUCUUAACUGUGUUCAACUCUCUGUUUUUAAAGCGUAAAUUGUAAAAAUAUUCUUUUUCUACAAAAACUUCAAACUACCAAAAUUUUACAUUGUUUUAUCUUGUGACAGUUUUUUUUGCUAUUUUUUUUAUAUUCCAUUAUUUAAGUAUUAGAUUAUCUUACAAUCUUUUCCCCUUUAGCAGUUAAAUAGUGACCUCAAUUAAAGAUGCUUAGAAGACUUUUUUUUUUUACAGCUCUGAAACGAAAAAAGAAAAAAGUAUGAACAAAAAUUAAAUCAAUUAAUUUUUUUCAAUAUCGAAGACAAAAACUUCUUAUUUUAAAGAAUUCAUUGUAAAUAUUUUCUUCAUCCAUUUCAUAGAUUUUUCUUUUUUUUUUCUAGAAAAUAUCUUAACAGAGUUUUUAAUUUUUGUGAUAAAACGAAAUACAUUUAAUUAUUUUAUCAAAAGAA